UUUAAAUUUCAUUUUAAUGAAUCCAUAUGAAAAAAUCAAAUAAGAAUUAGAUGUUAGGAUGUUAAAUCAAAGAGCAAACAUACUUAAGGUCUUAAAUGGAUAAUAGAAGAUUUAUUAAGGAAAAGAAACUAUUGCCGCAUAUACGUAAUUUUUCAUUUUUUAUAUUAGAGACAUUUACAAUUUUAUAGUUCAAGGCGAAGAAGAGGGAAGGAGAAUGUACGAGCUUUUCAAAAAUUACAAUGAAGCAUUUCUAAAAUAAUCAGAAGAAAUUGCCAGAAAGACUUAUGGCACUGAAAAUUUUUUAGAAGAAACUCUGAGCCAAUAUUAAAUAUAUGAAUACCACACUAGAAUUCUUAAAAGUUAUUUUGCGUAUUUAGAUCGUUCAUUUGUUAUAGUUUCAAAUAACCAUAAUUAAUAUCCACAUUUGUAAUAACAAGCAAAAGAAUAAUAUUAUCUAUUAUUUUAUAGCAAAUUGUUUUCUUACAUAAAAGAAGAAUUCAAAACUAAAUUAAAAUAAGAUCGAAUUCAAUUUGACAAAGAAAUACAAUUACAAUUACAAAGAGUCUAUAAAAUCAUUUAUGAAAUGAAAUCUAUUUCUUAGGAUAAAGAUAAUAGAGAAAAAAUUCAAAAUGAAAUAAAAGAGGAUAGUAAAAAUUAUUAUCAGAAUUAAUAUAAUUAUUUCAAAUAACAAUCAAUUUUAGAUUAAAUAAAAUUACUCAUCAAAUUGAAAGAUGAAGAACUAAGUAGAAUUAAACUAAUAUUUGGAUGCGAACAAAACGAUCUUUAAAAAGAUUUGAUAGAUUUGUUUAAUUAAAAUAUCAUCAAUAAUUAUGCGUUGGAUUUACAUUAAGAUAAUAAUGACACUUUAAAGAACAUUAUAUUUUAAGAUUGUUAUAAAGUAUAAUCUUAUUUAUAUUAUAGUAAUUUGGUUAAUUAGUUUAGUUUUUCGAUAAUUUUAAAAGCAAUACACAUAUUUUUGUUAAGAAAUUUUAAGACAUUAUAAUUUAAUAAGGGAAGGAAAUCAUUUAAGAACGAUAAAUUGGAAUUACCCAAUCUCAAAAGAAGUAAGAAAAAGAAGAACAAGUAAUAUUGAAUUAAAUUUAGUAAAAUAAAUUUUUGGAUGAAUUGAUUUUUUUAUAAUAGUCUUAUAAGAAACUAAUCUAAAAUUAUGGUGAAAAUAAUUAGUUUUUGCUUGUGAAUUUGCGUUCAGCUUUUGAAAAUAUAACAGCAAAUGCUGAUUAAUACAUUAUAAUGGAAUCACUAUUAUAAAGAAUUCAUAAGUUUACUGUUAAAAGAAUAGAUAUUGAGGAAGAAAAACAAUUAAGUUAAGUUAUGCAAAUUUUAGAAUGUUUUUAGGCAAAGGAUUUGUUUAUAAAAAACUAUUAAAAUAAAUUAGCUUAAAGAAUAUUUACUAUAUUUGAUUAUCAUUCAGAUAUUGAUAAAUAAAUUAUAGAUUAAUUUCGUAAGACUUUUGGUCCAGAGCAUACAAAAUAUUUAGAGUUCAUGAUUAAAGAUUAUGAAUAAUCCUUAAAUGAAAAAAUAAUAACAAUAAGUGAUAUUGAAAUUUAAGCUAAAAUUUUAUAAAAAGAAUAUUGGCCUGAAAUAAAACCAUAUGUGAACCUUGAUAAGAUAUUGAUUUUAAAUUAAUUAAAAUCUGCAUAUAGAUAGAAAUUUAAUUCUUAAUAAGAAAAGAAUCAACUGUAUGAUAUUUAAAAUACUUUUACAUAGAGUUGAUCUUAAUUGGCAAGACCAGCUUUCAAUGAUAGAAGUGUAAUUCAAAACAAAUUUAGAGUAUAGAAUUAUACUUGGAGUUGUGAGUGGUGCAAUAUUGUUACAAUUUAAUGAGAAAAAUCUUCCUUUAACAAUUGAAUAACUUUAAGUAAUUAUUAAAUCUAAAAAAAGGAAAAAAUUGAAGUAAAUUAAUAAUAUUUGUUAAAUUAAAUCAGAUUAUUAGAAUAAAAAAAGCUAAUAAUAAAAGAUGCCUAAGGUUUUAAGUUUAAUGAAGAAUUUUCAACACAUAAGAUAAGAAUUAAAUUAGGAAUUAUUUUAGAUUAAUAUGUUGAAUAUAAAUGUAUGUAAAACAAAUAUAUACUUAAUAGAAGAGGAUAUUUAAAGUGAUAGAAAGAUUGCUAUUCAGGCUGCUAUAGUUCGAAUAAUGAAAGGAAAAAGAACUUUAUCCUUUUAAUAAUUAAAUCUAUUGGUAAAAGAAUAAUUGAAAAUGUUUAAACCACAAGAUAAAGAUAUAAAAGAAGUCAUAGAAAUUUUAAUGAAUCAAGAUUAUUUGAAAAGAAAUCCAUAAAACAUAAAUGAGUUGAUUUAUGUUAGUUGAAG